AUGCUCGGUACGAGCUUUGAAUUUGUUGAGGUUGAGAAAGCAAAUAUUUUCAAGUUUAGCGGAGAGAUCUACUUCAUCACAUUUGUUGCCAAGGACCGUAACCAGACAAAGAUCUUUCAAGCUAAGGUUCGCAAUGUGUUUUGUAGGGAGAUCGAACACUGCUUCUGCAGGCUGAAACCUGGUCAAGAAGGUACAUUUCAGUUGGAAUUAGGAGAAAUCAUGAAAGCUUCAUUUCAGUUUGUUGAUUUGCUCUAUUGUUCUGGAGAAGAAGCUUGUGUUAUGGUUCAAUAUUAA